GAAUGCGUUCCUGUGUUGCUAUGUAGUGGAGGGGCACGUGCCCUCCUGCAAAUUCCGGAAGGUUCUCGAGUUCAAUUGGGACAGUGGCUGUGGAAUUCCUGGUCUCCGGCCUGAGGUGCCCGCUGGCCGAGCAGAGGCGUCGCGGGCGCUGCCAUGUUUGGCUGCCUGGUGGCGGGGAGGCUGGUGCAAACAGCUGCACAGCAAGUGGCAGAGGAUAAAUUUGUUUUUGACUUGCCUGAUUAUGAAAAUAUCAACCAUGUUGUGGUUUUUAUGCUGGGAACAAUCCCAUUUCCUGAAGGGAUGGGAGGCUCUGUCUACUUUUCCUAUCCUGACUCCAAUGGGGUGCCAGUAUGGCAGCUCCUGGGAUUUGUCACAAACGGGAAGCCAAGUGCCAUCUUCAAAAUAUCAGGUCUUAAAUCUGGCAAAGGAAGCCAGCACCCAUUUGGAGCCAUGAACAUUGUGCGGACCCCAUCUGUGGCUCAGAUCGGCAUUUCAGUGGCGCUGUUGGACAGUCUGGCUCAGCAGACUCCUGUGGGCAGCGCUGCUGUGUCCUCAGUUGACUCCUUCACGCGGUUCACACAGAAGAUGUUGGACAACUUCUACAAUUUUGCUUCAUCAUUUGCUCUCUCUCAGGCCCAGAUGACACCCAAUCCAUCUGAGAUGUUCAUCCCAGCAAAUGUGGUUCUGAAAUGGUAUGAAAACUUUCAGAGACGACUGGCACAGAACCCUCUCUUUUGGAAAACAUAAUUUGAAUAAAGUAAUUUGUCGUGUCAUUUAAAAGCAUGAAGUCAAAGGGGUC